GCAGCGGCGGCAGCGGACAAAGGCAGCUGCGGCGCGCGCCUGGGGGCGCAGGGAGCCCGGCAGGGGGAGCCGCGGGGCGGGCGCCGCGGGGCCGGAGCGCAGCGCAGCGCCGAGCGCAGCGCAGGAGCGGGCGAGUUGCCCCGAGCCCGGCUCCCCGGAGCCCCCAAGCCCCGUGCAAAGCGGGGGUCGUAGAGGCCGCGGACCCCAGCGCUGCUGGGCUGCGAAGCGGCGCUAGGGACCGGCGCCGAGCAGCGCCCCGGCUCCGCGGGCGGCGGGCGCUUGUCUCCCCGCCCGAGCCCCGGUGCGUCGCGCAGAGCCAGCCCCCUGCCCAGCCUCGCCGCCGGCCGACCCCGCGGGGCUGCGGGAGAGAGAAACCUUCCGCGGCGAUCCAGGGAGGCACCAUGCGUUGCCCGCUCCUGCUGCUCGUCCUGCUCUGUUGCAGGGGUACUGCCGGUAACGAGGCUGCAGAAUCUGAUGGAUCAAAGGAAGGUACUGCCGGUGGUGAGGCUGCAGAAUCCGGUGGAUCAAAGAAAGGAGGUGCAACUGGACAAGAAGGCACGACUGCUGUUUCCACCACAAGUGCCCCAUCUGCCAAUGCCACCUCCAAGGACAGCCAACCCCCCACUGAUGCUACAGGUGCCCCGACCCCCAUUCACACCCUGACCCCCACCAAAGCUGACACCUCACCCGUCGCUGGCGUCCUGCCUACUGCCUCGACUUCCACCAAUGCCCUGCCUGGUGCCAGCACCCUGCCUCCCACCACCUCUGAUACACCAGGUGGUGCCAGCACCCCAUCCUCCACUGAUGCUGGAACCUCGCCUGGCACCGGCACCCCAUCCCACAAUGGUGUCCCAUCCCGCACUCAUGCAAGCACUCUGCCCCCUGCCAACACUCUGCUCCUAGCUGACAUCAACACCUCGCCUACUAAAGUUAGUGUUCCCUCUGAGGGCACAGCAGUGGUGGUCAGCACCACCGCCAGCUCUGCAGACUCCGUCACUGUCCAUGCCCCCAGCGCCCCGACUGUCCCAGUUGUCCAUGUCCUCACCUCCGCAGCAGUCCCCAGCUCCGUGGCCACCUCAGCUGCUCCCAUGGCUGUUGCCCCGAGCCCUACCAUCGGUGCUUACAUCCCCAGCUCUGCAAACGCCACUGAUCUGGCAGCCGUGUCUCCAUCGCAGAAGCCCCAAACACCAGAAACCAUUACAGUAAGGGGCUCAGGUGCUAAUGCAGACAAGGAGCAUACCCCCCAGAACGGACAUCAGUCAGUGAAGCCUGUGACAUCUACGGAAAGUACUACCAAACAUGGGAAAGUUGCAGUUCCAACCAUACAGCGGUCUGGUGUUGUAUCACAGCCACCAGCCUCAGGCUCUGGAACUGUGAUCUCCAUUACAGCCAGCACAUCACUGAGCCGCCACGCUCCAACUCCUGGCCGGGAAUCCAAGCCCACUGACUCCCUGCCCAAAAAUCAGUUCAUUUGUGAGAACCAGAACUCGUCCAGCGACUCAGCAAUCAUUCUAACCCUGAACCAGCCUAUACACUGUGGCAGCCCUGUGGAUCCCUCCCUGCACAACAUGCUCUGCAAAGCCGUGAAGGCCACGUUCAACCGGAGCCGAGACAUCUGCACCGUGCGCCUGAACACAGCUGGGAACACCCCCAACAGGAUUGCUGUACUCGGUGUUUCUGUGCAAACCAACGCCGCGCCCAAGGAGCUGUUUGACCUGCUGGAGACGAAGAAGGGAGAGCUCCAGCAGCUUGGCAUCAGCAACGUCACCUACGCCAGCAAGUGGAUGAAGGAGGAGACCGAGGACCGGUUCAGCAUGCCCUUGAUCAUCACCAUCGUGUGCAUGGCCUGCUCCCUGCUGCUCAUCGCGGCCAUCUACGGCUGCUGCCACCAGCGGGUCGCCCGUAGGAAGGAUCAGCAACGCCUGACAGAAGAGCUACAGACCAUGGAGAAUGGCUACCAUGACAACCCGACCCUGGAGGUGAUGGAGACCUCCUCAGAGAUGCAGGAGAAGAAGGUGAACCUGAACGGGGAGCUGGGAGACAGCUGGAUUGUCCCCAUGGACAACCUCACAAAAGAGGAGCUAGAGGGAGAGGAGGACACGCAUUUAUAAAAGUGACAUGAAACUCUACCAGCAAAAACAAAAAACAAAACAAAAAAGCAGCCCCAAAAUGAUCAGAGCCACAAGUGCCAUCGCUUGGAGCAUCCUGUGGAGCAAGGAGACACACUGGUGCCUGAAUGCCCCGUUGAGGCAGGAGACCAUGACUGGAGUUUGCUCUGGCCCAAACGUUGGUCAAUCAAAACACAUUCACUGUCCAGACUAGGUUGUAUUUUUGUUUCUAGAGCAGGAGAGCACCUGUAUUUAAGCCUUGACUAGAGGAGACAAGAAAGUUCAGCUUCUGGCCAUCAUAAAAGGAUAAGAGUUGACGGCAGCCUGCAGGGCUUGUCAGCCUUUUCCAUACUGGGACCCCUUCCAUCUAGCUGGAUCUAGUAUUAUGGGAAGGGCAGAGUGGGCUGGAAACCCUGGAUACAGAAUGAUCAGAAGCCUCUGGUGCCUAACGGGGUACUCCAGAAACUGAGUUAGCAUCAUAGCGGAUUUGCUUUAGUGAAGGGUGCUACUCAGGGUGGAAGGGCUGGAGGCAAAGGGCUCGCGAUCUACUAUCAGCUCUUUGCUCUGCCGUCAUGUGCAUCACCUGGUGCCAGUGCCCAGUACAUUGUGAGCCUCUGCAUCCUGUUCUUUUUCCAUCACUGCUCCCCAGGAGAAGGAGGAUCUUUCCCCCAUGUAACCUCCACCGUCACCUGCAGCUUGAUAGUCAAACUUCCAGAUUCCACUCCAAUCAAAUGAGGGGGGAGUGCCAUCUAGUGGUGAGAGUACGGGGUAGGGUGAUCAGGGGAUUUGGGGGGGUCCAUUCUGUGACCUCAAAGAAGUCAUUUAGGUGCUCUGUGCUUUUGUUUUUCCCAUUUGUUAUAUGCAGAGAAGCUUUAUAGACGUGCCAGUUAAGUCACAGGAGAUAAGAGAAAGAGCAGCGACUGCCCUCAUCCCAAGCCACAUGAUUUCCUGGUUAUUUGCCAAGUCUCCCUGGAAUCCCUAUGGAAAAUGCUUUGCAGUCACCAAAGCUUCCCCUGCCAACCACCAGCAAUCACUCCUGGGUCCUUAAUACUCCCUCUGUCCUACAUGGACCUUCCUGGCCUGCAGUGUGACUUACACUGAGGAUACACCCUUCCUUCAGGACAGGGGUGAUGUUAAGGCUCCAAGACUGCACUUCUGCUGGGGUUUUUUAGCCAUUUAUGUAGAUGUUGCCGUGAGAUACUGCCUUCUCAAGCCAUUAAAAUGCAGCAGUUUUCAGAUACCGUAGUGUCCUUACUACAGCGAAUAAAACAGAGUUAUUUAAUUGUGGGCUGGAAUCGUGUCCAUAAACAGGCUAAGCAAGAGGUACCUGCACUGCCUCUGCCAUUCAAAUGAAAUUCCCAAGCCCGUUUUUUUUAGCUCCUAGCCCAAAGGUCAUAGAAGUUUAAAGGGCAAGUGUGUAAGAAGCCCCUCACGUAUUUAGGGAGGGUCGCAGUAAGGGUCCUUAGUGCGAUCUGCAUUUGAAGCAGGACCAAACUCCCUGUUUCAUCAUUGUAGCCAAUGACAAAGUCACUCGAAACGCACCUUGAAGUUUUUCACUGAUGAUAAAAAGGCAUCUAACAGCAGGCAAAUAAGAAACUACCACCUUGAUGGUGCGGGGCGCAGGCAGACUCCAGAAAUGCAGUUCUGACAGGAAUGUAUGAAUGGAAAGGAGAGAGUCAAACUCAUUAUGUAAGGCAAGGGCUAGUGCUGGGGAGAAACUUAGUGAAGUAGCUGCUGUUAACCCAAAAAUUCUCUUACACACCUGGAAAUCUGUCAUGUGCCAGAACAGGGCUAGCCCCGCCCCCGCCCCAGCUCUGACCCUGAGACAUCUCACAUGCCUUCCUAGGGGGAAAGCGUUAGUAACACCGGCAGCUCUCAGAGCAAAUCCAGGCGCUAUUAGAGAGACAGUGAAACAGCAACUGGCAUUUCUAGAAAGAGCCAAACCAGUCAUCUGUUCCAUGGUGGGCAGUAAUCGCUUCAGGUUUCCUUUAAGGACAUUUGUUUCACUCCUGAGAUCAGUCAGAAACACUGCAAAGGCCCCCAACACAGGAUUAGAAGAAAACGGACCGAGGCUGUUUUACAGACUGAAACUGACCUGCUGAAACACACACAAGCCAUGCUCCCUGUGCCAUAAACAGAAGAAUGUGUUAGGGCCCAGUGGAACUAGGAACCUAAAGUCAGUGCCAAAAUUAGAUCUGGUCUGAGUGAAGUGAGCUAGUCCCACUUCUGGCAGAAUUUUGUGCAAUCAGUUCAUUUGAAAGCUAUGCCAAGCUGCAAAGGAAAAAAGAACUCAGCAAUCAAUUGGGGAGGAGCUCGCCUAAUGUCCUAUCCAGAUCCGGUUGGCACAGGUGAAUUUCUGCCAAUUCACGCACCUAGUUGAAAUCAACAGAUUUCAAAUGUAGGAAAGGUGAGUGGAGGUUGCAUCAAGCUCUGAAGGCUUGACUUAAUAUUUAAUCUAAAACGUUACAAGAGAUACAAACUGCAAUGCCUCAGACAGGUGUGUGUGUAGGGUAUUUUCGUAAAUAUGGGGGUGAAAAGUUAAUGUAAGUGCAAAGAAAAGCAUAUGGAUAGUGUUCUCACCUGCAUGCAGUCAGUUCCCUCAAUUCUGUUACUGGUUUUACCUCUCAAACGAGGCUGGUAUGUUUGGUUGGUACACUGGUAUGUCCGGAUGGCCCCUCUAAGUGUUUCUUCUUUAAAAGCCUGUGUACUUGCUGAUCGAUGGUGCUGAGAUGCCCGCUGAAAAGACUACUUCAGUGGCAAAUCCGGGGCUGGAUUUUGACGUUCAGACCUUUUUCUUUAAAAGCCCCACUGUUCUGGGCACUUUGCAAAGGUUUAUUAACAAAGGAGCCCAGGAUAAGGCCAUUUCACUAAAUCCGCUCUGCUGCGCAGCAUCUACAUUACUUUAGAACGAUCACAGCAAUUUCUCACGAGCCAGCUGGGUUAUGGGUUUGCUGAAGGCAUAGAGAACUCACCAGUGAGCUAAGUCAGGCACGUGUCCUGGCGCAUGUUAAAAGUGUAACAGCCAGAUGAACAGAAGUGGAGGAGGGUGUGGAGAAGGGUGUGGAGACAACAUCUCUCGACACGUAGCAUUCUUUUGAUCUGAGCCGCCUAGUCACUUGGAUCAAAAUGUGCUGGAACCUGUGGUCCCUGUAGGCUGCACCUCUGUAUUAUAGAGAAGGGUGGCUACACUCUGCUCCUGCCUAUGCAUAAUUGGGGCUGCAGGUUCCUCUGCUUAGCAGCUCCCACAAACUCAUCAGUCACCUAUAAAUCAAGAGAGAAUUUGCUUUAGCUUCUGCUUGUAGCAGAGAUGAAAGGGCAGCUAUGAAUUCCACAAACUAUUGUUUUGUGGCCAAUUUGGUUUACACAUUGCACAGCUAAGGUGUUAAUGAGAUUUUGCAGCGGGGAAGUGUCAGUGAAGCAAAAGCCGCCUCUUCAUGUCACCACCUUAGGAGGCAAACAGUUUGGAAAUCACCUACCUAUUGAUUUGGAUUGCGCCAGGCUGGGCAUCUAAACCUGUGAGAGCCUUGAGAGGUAUCAGCAGAAGGCAAACUACAGGGAGCUGCACUUAAAUUCCAAGGUCAUUGUUGCUGCAGUCAGCCUAGCAUCACUCACGCUAACACAGUACAGCGCUAUUCCCCCUCAUGGCUGGGCACCAUAGAGCAAUUCUUAAGUAUUGCCGCCACCCAAGUGUUGCCCUUGCUUGAGUCAUGGGCAGGGAUGGACUGGUGGAUAAAGUAUGAGCAAAAGGAGCAGCAGCAUUAGCCAAGUCAAGCCACUGUACAGAUUCCAGCCACUAGAAGGGGCAUCGCUGCUUUAGGAUUGUACCAGUAUUGCAGGACAGACCAAAAUUUCAUUACAGGAGGUGCCGGGGGAGGGAACAGAAGAGUUCACAUUUCUGAGACACUUUUUUUUUUUUUGUUUUUGUUUUUUUUUUUAGAGUCUGAUCUAGAGGUGAGUUUCCAGAGUGUGUUUGUCUCCCUCCUCUCCCCUAGGACCCAUCAUCAUCCCAGGGCUGCUAUGUCUACAGGAACUAAAUCUGAGAAAGUUCUGAAUUUCUUCCCAGAUUUCUUAUUUAUCAAGUCUCCCUCCAGCACAGUCUUAAUUUUAAGAACCCGCAAAAGGCAUCACUGAAGGCAAGAAGCAGAAGUCUGAGCGGGUACAAGAAACAGGGUAUUUCCCCAUCUGAAACUCAACUAGGCCCCAAUCCUGCCAUCUGAUCAGCCCCGGCAGCCCCUCACGCCUACCUUUCAGCUCACUGAAGUCAGUGGAGCUCGGCAUAGGUGCAAGGAGGAUCCUUGUGUGGCUCAUAGCAUAGGGCUGGGGUGCUGGCGCUGAAGAACCCAUUAUCUGUUGCAGACAUUACGACAGAGCCCCGAUAGCCCUUGGGCUGGCAGAAGGGCUGGUUAAAUCAAAGGGAUUUUUGCCUACAUAAGAACUUCAGGCCAAUGUUUACAAAAAACUCCCUAAGCCCCGAUAAUUUAUCCUUUUCUCUAAAAAGGGCUUGAUUUUAUUUAGGCAACAAAUUUAGGUGCAUUUUUAAAAAAAAGGUUUUCACAGUACAAAACCCAAAACGAUUACUUCUGCUCUCUUUUUAAAGGGACACCCUCCACUUUAAAAAAGGAAUCACACUUCUGGCCCUAAACACUGUACUCUCGACUGUUGUAAGGACCAUCUUGUUCAUCUUCUGUAACAGAAAGUGAUUAGAUAAUUAUUUUUCUUCUGCCUUUCCGGUUCAUGGUCAAGUUCAGUUUCUCUGUGUAACCAGCCUCUCUUGUUUUUGUGGGUCUUUAACACAGCAGCAGCAGCGAGAACAUUUUAAAAGAUAGGAACUGGAUCGUGAAACCACAAUAGGUGACAGGAAGUCACGUGGGCAGGUGUCGUGGUAACAAGUUACUUUAAACCUUUUAAAAGUUUAAAAGGGCUCAAGUGGACCAUGUCCCUUUAAUUUAAUCUACACCAUUGUGAACCCAGAGACUGUCGUGUGCCGGUUCAGGAGAUGCAGAAAAUGAAAGUAACCUCCUUAAUUCGAAGGCAGUGUGGUCUGAGGACAGGGUAUUAGAGUGGGAGUCUAGAGACCUAGGUUCUGGCCCUGGCUCUGAAACCUAGGGCAAAACACUUCAGGGUGGAUUUUAAAAGGUAUUUAGGCACCUAACUCCCAUUGGUUUCAGUUACAAGUGAGAACUUGUCCAGGAUAACAGGGAAAUCUCUGAAGCUUGGGACAUGCUUCCUCAGGUAGGGGAAGUACGUAACCCAGACCUGCUUGAUGUGUUCUGUCCACUUCGAGUGGCACCGAGACUGUCUAGAGAUGGAUGAGUCUGCUACAGCCUCACCUAAGAGGCACAUGGCUUUUAUCUCAUGCAGUAGAGGCUCAUACACAGAGCCUCCCAGGUUUGACCCCACCCAGGGUCUGUCAGUGUUACACCUACAUACUUUUAAAAAUCUGGCCCUUACUCUGUGCUGUCGAAGUGUAAAGUUUCCAGAAACAGCACCCAAGUUCCAUUUCCAAAAGCAAAAGACACUUAAGGAGCCUUACCAUGAGUGAAAGCCCGAGGCGCUUACAUGUCUGAAUGUAUAAAUAUGGGAAAACGUUACCCAAGAUCCUGGUCUGUGACUCAAGGGGAAUAUUUACUCUCGUUGGUAGAGCGGGUUCAGAUUUACAGAGGAAGAGAGCUAUGCAUGGAGUGUUACGCAUUUCCCUAUCCAGGCCGAGAAAAGUGCAGACCAGCAGGAAUGGUGACAAAGUAACAGACUUUUCGGAGUCUCGGGUGUUAAACAUCCAAGGUAUUCACACAGGCUAAAGGUUAGGGGGGAGGAAGGAUCUCAACCAGAACUGAAUACCCAGUACAAGGAAUCUGUAAACUCUGAUAUGAAGUAACCCUUCCCCCUUCUCUCGUACACUGAAAGAGUCUGAUAAGUGUUUAAACAAGUGUAUGUUCAAUAUGUAAAUAUUACUGCUAGUGGUGUGGCAAUGUACUUAGCACACUUUGCAUAUUUGUGCGCUGCUUUGGGGGGAAAUAAAGUGAAGGUUCAGAGCCCAGUGCUCUGCGAGCAGCCCCACUGACAUGGCUAGGAGUACUCACACAGGAAAGUACUUCUUCGCCUCCAGCAGGGGGAUGAGAAUCUGACCAAACUAAGGGGAUGUUCAUUUCAGGCUAUAGCUUGCCAAUGGGACGCUGCAGAUUAAGAUUUGUGGUAGGCCCAGAAGAAUCUUGCUGUGUUCUAGGGUGAAGCGGGAUGGCUAAAACUGACCAACAGUGGCCAAGUGACAGGCUUUGAAGCGUGCUGUUGUAUUAGAACAAGCAGCUUUGUUUUCAUAUUUAAACAGGCUCAACCUGCUGUUGUGAUGAUACAAAAAGCCUUAAGGAGCUAGUCUCAGCAUUUCCAAUAACUUUCAUAACCAUGUUGAUUCACAGUUGUUCUAAUGGACAACUCAGCCAUUUGCAAGCUUGUGCAGCUGCCCUUUUACAUAGUGUUGGGUGUCUCUGCUUGUUUGUGCCAAGGAAUCUUUAAUGGCAGGAUAUCAUCAUAAAGGCCUCAAUUCAGCAAAUCAUCCCUAUUCAACUAACUUCUUCUCUCUCUAUAUGUUCUUAUACCAUGCUCAUCACCAGAGCACCCGAGUGCCUUCUGCCAUGUGACGAACAUCUGUCUCGUUCUCUCACCUAACCACAGGUGAAAGCCACACGUUUAGGCGGGCUAGGGUGUUUUUUGUUUUGUUUUUUAAAUACACAUGUUGCUAUUUAUGUUAGAGGAGGCAAGAUCAAAAAUAUCCACCUUGCACUUGGAGCAGAAAGUGGUUCUCAGCUUUAAGUGCAUGCUUAAGCCCUACUGAAAUCAGAUAUAUACUUAACUGCUUUGCUGAACGGGGUUCAGAGACCUGAUAUCACAGAUUGGAACACCACGGUGCAGGCCCAGGGCCUAUCACUGAAAUUACAGGUCUCAUUCAGAGCAAACAACAUUGCUCAGCAAGCAGUGACUAAACUUUUGAAGGGGAAUUGUGAAAUUUAUUUAUUUUUCCAUAACACCAUAUUUUUAAAACACAAGAAUCUUAAAAUAUAGAUUUUUUCCUCCUCCCACUUUUUAAAUAAAGAUUUCCUAUGAAGAAUGGAAAGCGAUACAGAGUAGAUCAUGUUCUUCAAAGUCCACUAGGAAAUAGGAGAACUAGAAAAUGCAACUUUGAGCAUAUUUGGCCUUAAAACUUCAUAGUAUAAUGUAGCCAUAAUUGUGUAUGUGAGACCAAAAAAAUGAAAAUCCUCCCAAAAACAAUAGCUUUAACAUAAAGACACACUGUACAAAUAGAGAUUGUUACCUUCACAUUUUGGUAAGACAAGUUCUUGCAAGACUUCUAUUUUCAGAAUCAUAGAAGGAAAGUGUAAAUAAUGCAUAUUUUAUGCUCAUAGUCAUAUGCCAUGGUCCAGCUGACAGGAGGUUUAUAUUACUGCCACCACAGCAAAAUUAUACCUAAAAUAGACUGUGGGGAGGGAAAAUACAUGUUUAAAGAGGCUAUUUUGUUGUUGAAUGUUUCACAUGUACACAAUACAGCUAUCUUGUGUGCUGUAGAGUGGCAUCUCUCGUAGGGACAGGAGUCUGAUUUACACUGGAAGUUACUGAGCAACUGGAUUGUAGAGAUUAUAAUUCUUGCAUUUUCCUACAAAAUAUAUUUUGAAGACACCAUGUAUUUCUGUCAAUAAACAUUCUUGUGUGUAAAA